UCUCAUUGUGUGUUUUCCCAAGUUUGGUUUCAUCUUAAAACUGGACUCUCUCUCUCUCUCUCUCUCAAAACCCUGUUUAAAUAGAGGCUUAACCCACGCUUUCUUCCAUGCAAUUGUCUCAAACUCCAGUAGUAGUGCUAUCCCCAACACCCACUACUAUUUGGGUUCUUGUGCGCAUCUCUCUCUGAUUUCCCUCUCUCUAUAUUAAUUAUCUUCUUCAAAGCACCCCUCUCCAUAGCUUGUGAAGUUGUGAUCUCUGACAAUUCUGUAGAUCAUAUACCCAUUUCCUUCCCAUUGUCUCCCUAGAGUUCCUGUUUAAUUUGCAUCUUUAACGCUUCUUUCAUUCACAUUGUUGUCAUAUAACGUACGUACUGCAAUCAUCAACAUGUCUAGCAGAAGGUCUCGGACGAGGCAACCGGGUUGCUCAAGGAUCUCUGAUGACCAGAUCAAUGAUCUUGUUUCCAAGUUGCAACAGCUUCUUCCUGAGAUUCGUGACAGGCGCUCUGACAAGGUUUCAGCUGGGAACGUGUUACAGGAGACAUGCAACUACAUCAGAAGCUUGCAUAAAGAGGUUGAUGAUCUGAGUGAGAGAUUAUCAGAGCUAUUGGCGAGUACUGACACUGCCCAAGCUGCAAUUAUUAGGAGUUUACUCAAGCAGAAGUAGUAGCAAUCAUGAUAUGGAUCAGCAGAUCGAGCAAAUUAAUAUUUAUGGAUAAAUUAUUAGUCAGUAGUAUUUCUAUACGCCAUUAUUAAUGGUGCAUGCAUGGGCAAUGGGCAUCGCUACCUUUCGGUGAUCGAGCUUCUUAAUUAAUUUGUAGUACAACGUACGUACGAGUUUCAUUAUUUACAAUUAGCUGCCUAAAAUA